AUGAAAAUUACAGAUAAAUACGGGGAAGAAGGAAAUUCAAGUGAUAUGAACUCUUUCAGUUUUUCAGAAAAGAUUGGGUUUGCCUCACCUGCUACCACAACCUUUCAGAUAAGUGAGCCUCGGAGCCAGAAAAAGGCGUCCACAUGCUGCACUCGGGCAGCGCUCAGCAUCUACCUGCUGCUGCUGACGGCCGGCCAGGGGCUGCUGAUGUACAAAGUAUUUAAGAUGCAGAGAGAGAUAUUGAAACUUCAAGAGCAAAAUGCCUCCUAUACAGAAGAGAUUCUGCAGAGCUACUCUGCCAACAAGCUGGCCUUGUCGAGAAGCUCUACUUGGAAGGACUUUCUCAUGACACAAGAAGAAAACUGGAGGAGAAGCUUAGAGGAAGAAAUCACCAUAAUUAAAAGCAACAAUGCAAACCUGAUGAUGAGGAUGAACAACAUCACCGUGGUUGCAGGGCCUCCUGGACGCAAAGGAGAUCCUGGUCUACCAGGGUUACGAGGACCACCAGGGACAAAGGGAGACCAAGGAGUACAUGGACCCCCGGGGGAGAAGGGGAGCAAAGGAGCUCCUGGUCCUGCUGGCCCAAGUGGUGGUCCAGGAGUGAAAGGACAAAAAGGAGAGCUAGGGCUUGCAGGUUCCCAAGGACAGAAAGGUGACAUGGGCGAGAAGGGAGACGCCGGGCUCCCGGGACCCACAGGUCCUAAGGGAGAGCAGGGAUUCCCAGGAGUGCCAGGUUUCCAGGGUAACCCGGGGAAGCCUGGACCUCCUGGGCCGAAAGGAGAGGCAGGUGCAACUGGACAGCUUGGACCUCCUGGAAGUCCUGGCCCUGAAGGCAGACCUGGUCAGAAAGGGGAGAAGGGGGACCAGGGCCCCAAAGGUAGCCCAGGAGCACAAGGCAUUGUUGGACUCAAAGGUGUACAGGGAGAACAAGGAAUUGCAGGACCUCCAGGGCAAAAGGGAGCAAAGGGAGACCAGGGCCCAACAGGCACCCCAGGCGCAGCUGGUCAAAAAGGAGCCAAGGGAGAUUAUGGCACUAAGGGUCUGAAAGGAGAACCAGGACUAAAAGGAGCCAAAGGAGAGACUGGAUUUUCUGGUUCCCCAGGAGUGAAAGGGAGCAAAGGUGAAAAAGGAGAAGCGGGCUCUGGUAACUAUGUACGAAUCGUGGGAGGAAACAGGAGGGGCCGUGUGGAAAUCUUCUACAGAGGGUCCUGGGGAACAAUCUGUGACGAUGGCUGGUCCAGCCGAGAGGCCGGCGUCGUCUGCCGAAUGCUGGGCUUCAGCCGAGCCGUCACCUUCUUCACAGCCUCACCAGGUACUGGACAAAUUUGGCUUGAUGACGUAAGUUGCACAGGGAGUGAACUUUCAAUUACGGACUGUAACAAGCGCGGCUGGGGUGACCACAACUGCAGCCACAGCGAGGAUGUUGGGGUGGAGUGUGCUUGAUGGGACACUGAGUCUGUCCUGAGAGAUGCUGCUGCCUCUGCCCUCCAUGGAGCUCUUCUUCAUGAUGCAAACCCAAUUUCAUCAGGCUGUGCUUCUCUGCCUCUUUGCCAGGUCAUAGAAAUAUUGACAAAGAAAGCUGAAUUUUUCACAAAUCAAUAACAGUUGCAAGACCCACAGGUAACCCGAAACAUCCCAGCUGUCACAAAACAAUUGGAGCUCAGGCAUGUGAGCCAGUUCACAGCUUUUCCAGCUACCUGGCAUCAGUUCAUCUGCAGGAGGUCACACGUGUGUGACCUCUAAGUCCACAGGGGAGGGGAGGGGCUGGUCCACGUUA